UUUUCUUAACUAGUGGACCUUGAAUCUAGUGGACCCUAAAAGUGGAAGAAGUAAUUAAAUUUUUACAUGUAUAUAUUUAAAAAAAAAACUGAAAUGAAAACUUUAUGCAAGGAUGUCACGUAUAAACCGAACAAUGGUCAAAAUUUUCAUUCAAUAUAUAAAUUAUUAAAAAAAUUACGAAAAGAGUAUGGCUGACUUUAGAGAGCAGUAUAUAAGGGUAAGAGUAUGCAUCUAAUUAACUUAAAACAACAAAGACAAUUGGUCUACAUCUCAAAUUGAUCCAAAGACCAAAGAUUCCUAAAGCCACUUGAAACUAAAAAUGGCUCCACAAAAAUUCAUCAGAAAUGACAUGAUAAGUUUACCUCGGCUCGUAGAAGAGUAUCUCUCUAUGUUGAAGGAAACAUACGAAGGAACGGGAUUGCACCUAGCCACGCAACAAGGGGACGAGGUAUAUGCAAAGAAAAUAAUCGAGCUCUGCCCUUCCUUAGUCGGUUCCACCAAUUCCAAAGGUGACACUCCUCUUCAUGUUGCUGCUCGUUUGGGAUACACAAGCAUCUUUAUUGGGAUGUUAGAGUCCAUAAAAUUGCAUAACGCAUGCGAGCGAAAAACCAUAGAUGCAGAAAUGAUGAAUAAUGAUGGCUUAACACCUCUGCAUUGUGCGGCAAUGAAGGGUUCUGUUGAAAUCCUUAAGGAAUUUCUCAAUAGGGCUCCCUCUUCUUUCUACUCAGUCACAUUAGAAAAGAGAGAAACUGUGUUUCAUAUAGCUGCGAGACACAAGCAAAACGAAGCCUUCAUCUCAAUGGCAAAGAGUGACAACUUAGGCCAACUUCUCUACCAGCUUGACAUAGACGGCAACACGGUGCUUCACGUUGCCGCCUCCGUAGGCUCUAUUGCGCUGGUAAACUAUAUAAUGGAGGAGACAAACGUAAAAGUCACCACGAAGAACAAGAACGGUUUUGUAGCGGUUGACCUUCUCAACGAAGAGGAUAAAGAUUUCCUUAAGCUAUCUAACGCUCUGAUGUGCGGUCAACGCUCUUCAAGUCCUAGAGAGAUUGGAAACCAAACAAAAGCAGUGAUUCUUCAUCGUGCAGACGAUGACACGAUAAAGAAGCGCCAGAAGGAGAUUCUAAGAUUUCAAAGCAGUGAUACUCCAAACAAAAAAUUUGAGAUGCAAUUGGAGGCUUUGCAAAGCGCUAGGAAUACUCUCGCCAUUGUCGCGGUCUUGAUUGCAUCUGUUACUUUCACAUGCGGUUUAAACCCACCUGGUGGGGUCUAUCAAGAAGGAUCCUACAUUGGGAAAUCAACCGCGGGGAAAACCAUAGCUUUCAUGAUCUUCUGGAUAAGCAAUAGCAUCGCGUUGUUUACAUCAGUGAGUAUGGUCAUUCUUCUCGUCAGCAUUAUACCUUACAGGGAGGACUCGCUUUUAAAGUUCUUGGUUAUAGCUCACUGGAUGAUGUGGGUGGCUGUAGCAGCCAUGGCAAGUGCUUAUGUCUCCGCGGCAUUGGUAACUUUACCUCAUUUUGGAGAAACCAAUUGGUUAAUCUAUGCCACUGUUGCUAUUGCUAGCUUGACGCUAGGCGGUAUGUUUGUUUAUCUACAGUUUAAUCUGGCUAAAUGCAUGUUAAGGAAGGUUAGGCUUCUUAAAUGCUUGUCUACUCCGCCAGUACGCAAGAAUGGAUACGUAGACAUGGCGGCCAAUAUCGAGAAAGGCUACUACUCUUACUGCUGA